CUUGGUAGCCGGUUUUUAUUUCUUCAUCUGGGCAUUAUUGCUUUACUUGUAUAUUUUGACACAUUCUAAUUACAUAUCCAUGAACGCAAUUAAGCAUAAAUAUGUUUUGAUGGUUUCACCCAACAUACCUUUGUAGCCCUAACAGCGUUAUACAUUUUACUAAAUGGAUUCAUUGCUAGAAGACAGUGGUGACUUCUUGACAACAGACACCCCAGGAAGGUGUUUGUCAUGUUCUGUAAACCACCUGAGCAAGACGGAUGGGCAUACAUUUGGACAUCACCAUGUCAAUAUAAAACAAUGUGUAAAUGGUCAUGAACAACAUACAUACUCCGCUUUUAACUUCCAGUCUUUCCUAACUUUGCAGAAAUAUCAUUGCACAAGUUUAGUGACAGCAAAUAGUAUUUCAGAUUCAAAAUCGGCUUUUGAAAAGGAUGUUGAUAUAUUUUUGGCAAACGAAACAGCAUGGGAAAGGAUAAAAAGGACUUAUAAUUUGGAAGGAGAGGAACUAAUUGAAAGUACUCAGCAGAGGAGGAACAUCACGAGCGGUUGCAGUACCAUCAUAUGCGCCACAUUUGCCUUCAACCUGUACAAAGGGUACCUGGAAGGGCGGGGGGAGUUCAAGAACAAGUACGCCCUCGUGCUCUUCCGUUCACAGGGACAGGCCCAGAGAAGGCGCUACAAUUAUAUUGUAAAAACUUCCAUGGGAUAUGGAAUAAAGUAUACCUGGAAGAUGGCAAGAGUGUUUUUGCCAAUAUUAGUAAUACAGCAGCUACUGGAGGUCUACUGGAACAAGACGACACCCCUUUCCUUCAUUGCCUCAGUCGGUAGCGUUGGAUUGAUGUCCAGCAUUGGUAUGGAUCUCCAUGGGAUGUUCGCUCGAACUCUCAUAGGAUCUGCACUGGGGGCAAUCGGAGGUUUACUAUGGACAGGGAUGUCAGUAAUGGCAGGCCAGACCCAGGAAGAGUUGAAUAGACAGAAUGUGGAGAAGUUUUUAAUAUUUCACCAAAAUAUGGCCGAGGGAAAAAGCUUAUUUGUGCCAGAAGUGAAAGAAGAAAAAGACAAAUGAUAAAAAUAUGAUGCUUGUUGUUUAAUGAAUUUUUAUAAAUAAGCCUGGCUUUGGAAAGUUGGGCUAAACAAAUGUGCAAACAAUGUCCCUGAAGAUUAUCCUAUGCAGUUCACACAAGCUUAUCAGGGAAAAAUGUUACGUUUUAAUUGUAGUUUUCGAUAAAAGGAAGUCUCUUCCUCGAGAAUAUCCAGUUUAGGCGGACUGCUCAGGCUAAUCUGGGAAGACAUUUUACGAACAUGCAUUAGACACCAUUUUCUCUGAGCAAGGCUGAAAUAAAUAAAAUUAAUGAAAAAAAUU